GCGAGCCCACUUGGCGCCUGGCGGGGAGCGGGUAGCGGGUAGCGGGCGCACGCCGCUCAGUCCGCCGCCACGCGUCCCCCCAACGCGUCGCUCCCGCUAGCGCUCCCGCUCCGCUAUGAAGGUGAAAUCCAAGGGCGCCCGCUCCAAGAACAUGGACAGGCUGAUCGCCGCCGUCCAGGCUCGAGAGUGCCUCUGGGACAAGAGCUAUCGAGGGCAUCGGAAUCGGUUCAAAUUGGAGCGGUAUUGGAACGAGGUAGCUACUGAAGUUGGGACUACGAGCUUAAACUGCAGAAAAAGAUGGAAGAAUCUAAAAGACCAAUGUCGGAAAGAAAUGCGGAAGAAUCCCCACGAGUCAGAUUGGCCACACUUCCAAAAACUGAAGUUCAUCCACAACCAAUUCCUCGCUGAUGAAGAAGAAGGCGAUGACGACACUGCAGACGAAGUCUUUAACAGUCUAGACGAAUCCAUAAAACGGCCUAAGCUAGGCUAUACUAUGAGAAAAAAACUUCUUAUGAAUAAAAGGAGAACUAUAGAUGUAGAUAUGAAUAAGUUAAUUGUAUUAGUUCAAGCUAAAGAGUUGAUAUGGAACAGGCAAUUGAAGGGACACCAUAAUUGGUACAAGCUUGAUGAGAGCUGGAAGGAAAUUUCUCAAGAGUUAGGUGUUACACGUGACGAGGCAAGACUGAAAUGGAAAUACCUAAGGGACCAAGCAAGAAAAGAAGCAAGAAAACAACAAUCCGACUGGGAAUACCUGCCAAAGCUUCAGUUUUUGACCAAUCAGUUCAACGAUUACGAAGGCCAGGACACAGCGGAUGAUCAUUAUAGCCAAGAUUUUGAUACAAGCGCUGACCAGAGCAGUUACUAUGUUGAACCUGCACCUAAUACUCCAGCUGUUGAAGUCAAUGAUGUAAGUGUCAAAGAUGAUGAAUUCGACGAAUUUGAUACAAAGCCAAUCAUAAUGGAAACAGAUUUUUGCGAUGACGACGACGAUAUACAGAAAAGUGGAGGAAAUAGUAACGAUGCACCUGAAGCGACUAAAGAUGAGGACAUUGGGUUCUUUAAUAGUCUGAUACCGCACGUCAGGAAAUUGGGUCCGGCAAAGAAACUUAUGUUGAGAAUGAAGAUACAAGAGUUAGUUUAUAAUACGGUUUAUAAUGAAACCUAGCAUUGGUUCAAAAAGCACGAUGUGCUUUUAAAUGAGAGGACUGGACUUUGAGAGUGACAACGUGAACUUUCUUUUUAAUUGACAAUCAGUGGCGUUAUAGUACGAGUAGAAAGUACAUGGGCGUACCUAGCUUUUGGUCUAGGGCCUCUUUAGGUCAAAUAUUCCGCGGUUAUUUUGUCAAAUUUACUGAAGCCAAAACUGUAUUCUUUUUUCAUUUUUGUCUGCCUGUCUGAAGUGAGACCCCUCCCCUACCAAGUACCAGGGUAUGCCCAAGAGAGAGUAAGCAUUGUACGAGUUAUAAAGAGUCUACGUUUAAGUUUUUUUAACUCGUACUGGAGAAUUUUAUAUCGUUUGUCCGAUUAGUGCAUACCCUGUGAAAGCCACUGUUGACAACAUUCAAAACCAUACAGUCCGCCAAUAACUAUGUGAUAAUCACCAGUUCGGUGCCAGGGGAGUUGCGUUAAAAAUGUAAAAUAAAGCUUUUAUCUCUUAAAA